GCUUUCCUUCACAGCAGACGCAAAAAGACCCUCACUUAGCAACAUUUGUGGGAUUGGUUCACUGUAUCAUUCUUCCAAGUUGCCAACCCACAUAUUGCUAUACACACACGAUGAGUUCACCACUUCGCCCCAGCAAUUCCGCCGCAAAUCGCGGAUUAGGAAGUUUGAACCGCCGCAAGAGAGACAGAGAGCCCGAAGAUGAGACUUCUUCAAUCGCUCCUCCCUCUAGUCCUCCCCCUUCUUCCCCUCCUAUGCUUCCUUUUGAUGACGAAGAUGACGACCGCGAUGAAGAAGCAGAGCUUCUAGCAGAUAUUGACGACCUUGAAGAAAUGGCAGAAGAUGGGGAAGGCAUUGACCUGUUCGGCGACAACUUUGAAAGAGACUACCACAGCAGGAAAAACGAUCGAUACAGAGGAAAUGAUAUUGAUGACGAAGAGCAAGAAGAGUUGGAUAUCGCCACACGUCGCCAACUGGAUUCUCGCAUGAACAGGAGAGAUCGGGAAUUGGCACGGCGCCGUCGCAUGCCUGCUGCUUUCUUGCAGGACGAGGAUGAUGAUAACAUAGAUCUUGCCCGCCAGCCUCGGCGGCGGAGACACCAUUACGAUGAGGACCGUGAAGACAUGGAUAUGGGCGAAGAUGGCACAGAGGAGCUCUCCCUUGAAGAGAUGAUGGAUAUCAAGGCUGCUAAUGUCACUGACUGGGUGUUGCAGCCUCAAGUCCUGCGCUCCAUCUAUCGGGAGUUUAAGACCUUCCUAACUGAGUACACUGACGACUCCGGUGCUUCAGUCUACGGAAACAAAAUCAAGACUCUUGGCGAGGUGAACUCGGCCUCCCUUGAAGUUUCCUGGGUUCACCUGUCCAACACCAAGGCUGUGUUGGCAUACUUCGUGGCCAACGAACCUACCGAGGUUCUGAAAGUAUUCGACCAGGUCGCCCUUGAUGUUACACUGUUCCAUUACCCGCAAUAUCAUGACAUCCAUAAUGAGAUCCACGUUCGCAUCAUCGAUCUUCCAACCGUUAGCACACUGCGGCAAUUGCGCCAGUCGCACCUCAACUCCUUGGUGCGCGUUACUGGAGUCGUCACCCGUCGCAGCGGUGUGUUCCCGCAAUUGAAGUACAUCAUGUUCGUCUGUGGCAAAUGUAACAUCACACUGGGGCCAUUCCAGCAGGAGGCUAGCCAGGAAGUGAAGAUCUCCUACUGUCAAAACUGUCAAUCCAGGGGCCCGUUCACCGUCAACUCGGAGAAGACCAUCUACCGCAACUACCAGAAGCUGACUCUGCAAGAAUCGCCUGGCUCUGUUCCUGCCGGACGACUCCCGCGCCAGCGUGAAGUCAUUCUCCUUGCGGAUCUCAUCGAUUCGGCCAAGCCCGGUGACGAGGUUGAGGUCACUGGUAUCUACCGCAACAGCUACGACGCCCAGCUCAACAACAAGAAUGGUUUCCCUGUGUUCGCCACAAUCAUCGAAGCAAACCAUAUCAUCAAGUCGCACGACCAGAUGGCUGGUUUCCACCUGACCGAGGAAGACGAGCGCGAAAUCCGCGCCCUCUCGCGAGACCCGGAUAUCGUGGACAAGAUUAUCCGUUCCAUUGCCCCUAGUAUCUAUGGCCACCAUGACGUUAAGACGGCCAUCGCCCUCUCACUUUUCGGUGGUGUCAGCAAAGAAGCCCAAGGCAAAAUGUCCAUCCGUGGAGACAUCAACGUCCUACUCCUGGGUGACCCCGGUACCGCCAAAUCCCAGGUCCUCAAGUACGUCGAGAAGACCGCUCACCGUGCUGUCUUCGCAACUGGUCAAGGUGCCAGUGCCGUCGGUUUGACAGCUAGCGUACGCCGCGACCCCCUGACCAGUGAAUGGACACUGGAAGGCGGUGCCCUUGUGCUCGCAGACCGCGGUACAUGCCUGAUCGACGAAUUCGACAAGAUGAACGACCAGGACCGUACCUCCAUCCACGAAGCCAUGGAACAGCAAACCAUCUCCAUCUCCAAAGCCGGUAUCGUCACCACACUGCAAGCGCGCUGUGCCGUCGUAGCCGCGGCAAACCCAAUCGGAGGCCGCUACAACAGCACCGCACCCUUCAGCGCCAACGUCGAGCUCACCGAGCCUAUCCUCUCCCGUUUCGACAUCCUCUGCGUCGUCCGCGACCUCGUCGAUCCCACGGAAGAUGAGCGUCUCGCCAACUUCGUCGUGGAAUCUCACCACCGCGCCAACCCAGCCCGUCCCAUCCGCAAUGUAAAGGGCGAACUAGUUGACAACGACAACAACCCCAUCGACGAAGAAGGCUACCGCAUCGACAAACAAGGCAACCGCCUCCCUCUCACUCAAGAAGAGACCGCCAGCCGUGAAGCCGCCCAGCGCAAAAUGGAAGAAGAAAAAGAAGGCGAAAUCCCUCAGGAACUCCUGAGAAAAUACAUCCUCUACGCCCGUGAACGCUGCCACCCGAAACUCUACCAGAUCGACCAAGACAAGGUCGCCCGACUCUUCGCCGACAUGCGUCGCGAAUCCCUCGCAACAGGCGCAUACCCAAUUACCGUCCGUCAUCUCGAAGCCAUCAUGCGUAUCGCAGAAUCCUUCUGCAAGAUGCGUCUAUCAGAAUACUGCUCCAGCCAAGACAUCGACCGCGCCAUAGCAGUAACAGUGGAGUCCUUCAUCGGAAGCCAAAAGGUUUCCUGCAAGAAGGCUCUCUCUCGGGCUUUUGCCAAGUACACGUUGUCGAGACCUAAACCUCAGUCGAGACGGAGAGCGGGUGUUCCUGCGCCGAACCCAUAUCUUCCUAGGGCUGUGCCUCGGGCUUAGAGCAUUGUGAAUAUGGACACGCGGGACUCAGGUAACGAAUGGAGUUUUUCAUUUUUCAUUUUUUUUUGUUCGGAUUGUUAUGAUAUCAAUCGAUAAUAGAAAUAAGAAGAGGUACAUUAAUGUGCGUGGAUUAUGGAUU